AUGGCGACUCAAAGCCAAAGAGGGGUUGACGACGCUGAUGCUGGUGCUCCUGCACACGCUAGGGGUACGGGAGAGAUGGGAGAAGAGGAUUUCUUGAAUGCCUCGAUAGAGAGUGACUCGGUACUGCUGAGGAGGAUGUGGCAGAACGAGAAAGCGGCGCCGGAUAUUCUUCCGUACGAAACCGAGCUGGUGGAGCGGACUAAAGCGAGGCUAGAAGAGCUGGUAAGUGUGGAUAUCCAUGGAUAUUCUUGGAAACCAUGGAGAGAAAGAGAGAGAGAGAGAGAGAGAGAGAGAGAGAGAGAGAGAGAGAGAGAGAGAGAGAGAGAGAGAGAGAGAGAGAGAGAGAGAGAGAGAGAUGAGAGAGAGAGAGAGAGAGAGAGAGAGAGAGAGACGAGAGAGAGAGAGAGAGAGAGAGAGAGAGAGAGAGAGAGAGAGAGAGAGAGAGCUGCACAUGAUGGCAGGGACGUGGAUAGGACUGAGCAAGUACCACCUCAGACAUUGCGAUACCAUGUGUGUGUGCAAUCAUGCAUCGUGCAGGAGGAGAUGGUUGACGCGUUGAAGGGGGAUGGACGCAAAGCCAUGGAGAGGGAGCUUCACAUGAUGGACGUCGACAGAACCAAGUACCUGCUCAGAGCGUACCUUAGAUCGACCGCUUCUUUUCUGCACUUUGCUGGCGAGGAGAGCUACCACAGCCGGCUGUCAGAUGGAGAGCAGCGUUACUGCGACAGGCAGGUAGAUCUGAUUCAGGCGCACCUGGUCAGGGCCGUGCUUGCUCUUGAGGCAGGUAGACCUGGUGCAGGCGCAUCUGGACAGGACUGGCGCUCACCCCGAUCACCCUCUCUACACAUCUUCCCUCUCUACCAUCUUCCCUCUCUACCAUCUUCCCUCUCUACCAUCUUCCCUCUCUACAUCUCCCUCUCUACCAUCUUCCCUCUCUACCAUCUUCCCUCUCUACCAUCUUCCCUCUCUACCAUCUUCCUCUCUACCAUCUUUCCUCUCUACCAUCUUCCCUCUCUACCAUCUUCCCUCUCUACCAUCUUCCCUCUCUACCAUCUUCUUUCUUCUCUCCAGGCAGGUAGAUCUGGUGCAGGCGUGCCUGGACAAGACCGUGUUUCUCGCUUAACUCUCGAUCGCCAUCUUCUCCCUGUGUCCUCCAGGCAGGUAGAUCUGGUGCAGGCGCAUCUGGACAGGACUGCGCUCACGCGCCUGCCACGCCGCUACCAGUCCAUCCUGAAGCAGGCGGACUCGAGCGAAACACCAGAUAUGAUUCCCACUCCCGACCUUGACACUUUCGUGUUCUGUGUGGCCACUCACUCGCCCCCUGCCGUCUGUCAGCUGUCCAAACCCUUGAUUUCCAAACCACAUUACCCAUCUCUUUCUAACUGGAUGACCCCCUCCUCUGCAGUCCCCACUCCCGACCUUGACACUUUUGUGUUCUGUGUGGCCACUCGCCCUCUGCCGUCUGUCCAGCUGUCCAAACCACCCUUGAUAUCCAAACCACAUUACCCAUCUCUUUCUAACUGGAUGACCCCCUCCUCUGCAGUCCCCACUCCCGACCUCGACACUUUUGUGUUCUGUGUGGCCACUCGCCCUCUGCCGUCUGUCCAGCUGGACCCCGAGUGA